GACUCAGCAGAUGCACAAAACCGGCGGUCACCGUCAUCGCGCAGCCAAGGACGCAAGCUAACAUGUCUAGUUCUCUGCAAGACAAAACCAAAACAACGCAUCACCUCGCCUUAUUUUUUCAUCCUUUUUUUUUCUUCAGACCCCCGAUCGCCCAGCGAGGCCAGAGCAUUUCAGACAGAAAUAUCCCUGCCUCUUCUCCCGUCAGACGUGGCCCCUCUCUCACUCUUUUUGGAACACCCCUUUCACCCCCUGACGUCAGUCUCUACUGCGCCGGACUUAUCUCUCUAGCAGACGAGCUAUCGAACACCCCGUAUGCGCCGAUCGGAGGGGCAGAACCACUGGUGAGCAGAUCAGGGCGCGCAUAGCGCCAAUAUAGUCGCAAGAUGUCUGCCACAGCAAUGGCCGCGACAGCUGUGGCAGCUUUUCCAGAUUUCGCGGUAGCAGGAACGAGCGAUGCGACAAUCUCCGGAGGAAACCAUGGGGCAUUCCAGCAGAAGCCGUGGGAUAGACAAACCAGGGUCCAUCUAUAUACACAGUUUGUCAUGUCUAGUCUGCUGGGCGUGGGCGCGUUCAUCACGUUCUGUAUCCUACGACCGAGAUGGAGUAAACUAUAUGCCGCGCGUAGAAGGCAGCGCAAUGCGGCUUCAAGACUGCCCGAUUUGCCAAAAAGUUUCUUUGGAUGGAUACCUGUCGUUUGGAGGAUUACGGACGAGGAAGUCCUAGAAUCAGCGGGCAUGGAUGCGUACGUGAUGCUGUCAUUCUUCAAGUUUGCGCUCCGGUUCCUGGUGGUUACCUUCUUCUUCGGUGUAACCAUCAUCCUUCCUAUACACUACAAAUAUACUGGGAAGCAUGGAAUCCCUGGAUGGGAUGAUCCAGGCGACAAUAUAAAUCGGACCCAUGUCGACACGGUGUGGACGCCGUCACUCGAGGACAAGAUUGAAACCAAUCCUGGUUACCUCUGGCUCUAUGUCGUGUUCACAUACGUCUUCAGCGGUUUGGCCGUCUAUUUCCUGAUCCAGGAGACGAACAAGAUCAUCACGACUAGGCAGAGAUACCUGGGUAAUCAGACUAGUACGACGGACCGUACAAUACGCCUCUCCGGCGUUCCCCCGGAGAUGAGGACGGAAGAGAAGAUCAAAGACUUUAUCCAUGGCCUGCAGAUCGGCAGGGUGGAGAGCGUCACCUUGUGUCACAAUUGGGAGAGACUGGACAUGCUGAUGGAGGAGCGUCUGGAUAUGAUAAAGAAACUGGAGCACGUUUGGAUUGAAUACAUUGGGUAUCAGAAAACGAAAAGAGUCAACGACACGCUUCCCCUAGUGCGGACACAUCAACGCGGAGCAAGUGUCGUCUCUGAGGACGGCACUGAGAGCUCACAUCUGCUUUCCGAAGAAGGGAAUGGUCACCCUCAAGGUCCCAAUACGUCCAGAAAGCGCCCGACCAAGCGAAUCUGGUACGGGCCGUUCAAGCUGCGGAGCCGGAAAGUCGAUGCUAUCGACUACUACGAAGAGAAGCUGCGCAGGCUCGACGAGAAGAUCCUGACCGCGCGACAGACGGAAUAUCCUCCCACCGCUAUUGCUUUCGUUACAAUGGAGUCACUUGCGGCCGCCCAGAUGGUUGUUCAGGCUAUCCUUGACCCUCAUCCCAUGCAGCUACUCGCUACCCUUGCCCCAGCUCCUGCUGAUGUUCUGUGGAAAAACACAUAUGUGCCGCGUCAGAGACGAAUGUUCCAGUCGUGGUCAAUCACCAUUUCAAUCGCGUUCUUGACCGUCUUUUGGUCUGUUCUUCUGCUGCCCGUCGCGUAUCUGUUGGAGCUCGAGACUCUCCACAAGAUCUUUCCUUCACUUGCAGAUAUGCUCGCAAGACAUUCCAUCCUCAAAUCAUUCGUCCAAACCACGCUUCCCACCUUGGCUAUCUCUCUGCUGACGGUUGCGGUUCCUUAUGUUUAUGAGUGGCUGUCCGGUCAUCAGGGAAUGAUGUCUCGGGGAGAAAUUGAGCUGUCUCUGCUGUCGAAGAACUUUUUCUUUUCGUUCUUCAAUCUCUUUUUGGUCUUUACAGUAUUCGGCACAGCAAGUACAUUCUACGGUUUCUGGAAGAAUAUACGGGAUGCGUUCAAGGAUGCUACUACCAUUGCCUUUGCGCUUGCCACGUCGCUCGAAUCAUUCACUCGUUUCUACAUGAACUUGAUCAUCCUGCAAGGCCUGGGUCUGUUUCCCUUCAAACUGUUGGAGCUCGGAAGUGUCAUCAUGUACCCGAUCAGACUCCUUCGUGCAACGACGCCGCGCGAUUUCGCUGAGAUGACGAGGCCGCCAGUGUUUAGCUAUGGGUUUUCCAUUCCGCAAACCAUUUUUGUCUUCAUCAUCUGCAUCGUCUACAGUGUGUUCCCCAGCUCGUGGAUGAUUUCUCUGGGUGGCUUGGUUUACUUUGGACUGGGCCACUUCAUCUACAAAUAUCAGCUCCUCUACGCGAUGGACCACCAGCAGCAUUCGACGGGACGAGCAUGGCCCAUCAUCUGCAGUCGGGUGUUCCUCGGACUGAUUGUCUUCCAAUUGGCAAUGAUCGGAGUCCUUGCCCUUCGCAAGGCAAUCACCCGCUCCGUUCUCCUGCUUCCCCUCCUUGCCGUGACUGUCUGGUUCACGUACUUCUUCUGGCAUACCUACGAGCCUCUAAUGAAGUUCAUCGCCCUGAGAAGCAUCGACCGAAGCCUUCUUGCUGCAGACGAAACCUCACCUUCACCCUCAUCGGUCAUGUCGCCGCCGUCAGGACUCGACCGCGAUCUACUCCCCAUUCGAAUCGGCGGUCACGAUAUUGGAUUGAAGCUGAAGAAAUACGUCAACCCUAGCCUGAUUCUUCCACUCGACGGGCCCUGGGUUCCAGGACGCGACAAUACCAGCGCUCUGGAUGAAAGCUACUUUAGCCAUGCACACAGCGCUGUCAGCAAUGGUGUAUGAGCGGAAGAUCCAUUCCCAUGUUCCAGCGCGCGCUUACCAUAUCCACCCGCCAUAUUAUCGACAAUAACGACUUGUACCUUUUGUUUAUUUUUUAUUUUUCAUUAGAAGCAUUCAUUUCCUUGUGUCCUUCGCUUCCGAAUUGUAUGUUUUGUCUGACCUUUGGUUUAUGUUCUGCGCUCUGCAAUUGUCCACUUUGACUUGACCUAAUGAGAUGAUAUACGCCCACGAUACCACCUCGCGAUGUCCAUUCUUGUCUUGUAUGUAUGUACCAUGAUAUCUGAUGUUCGUAUAUAUCGCGGGAUAGUUCAUAUCCCUUUCCUUUUAGCGUCAAUGAUUCAAUUCUCAUCUUGUACUAAAAAAGAACCAAUCAAGUUGUGCAAUCGUGUUUGUCAGUAACCCGUAACUAGUUCUUUUCCAUACUUUACUACUAUACUAGUCUCUGGUGGAAUCUACGUAAAUUAAAC